AUGUCCUCCAAAUCCCUUCCCAACUACGAGCGAGCUUCAGAAAAGGCAGCGACCGAGACCCCCAUCCAGACGAUCAGUUCUUCGCACGUCAGCUUUCAAUUGAACACCGACACCGCCGCUCCAUCGGUUCGUUCGCAAAGUGCAUGACCACGCAAUAAAAAACACCUGUUGUCAUUUUCUUUCUCAUUCAAUUUCUCUUCUAGAACCACUUUCUGUUUGUCCAACUUUCAAUUGGGAUUCGGAUCCCGACUAUCAAAUUCUGCUUACCUUGUGAUGUUGCCAUAGAACAUUGAUGCUUCCAGAUGGAUUACUUGUCAAUCCACGAGGAUGACACUUCGAUGUCUUCGUCGGAACGGACGAUCGAACGCGGAUUCUCUCGAUACGGACGCAAAAGGUACCCAUGAAUGGAAGAUUCUGGGCCGGGCCCAACAUCUUCCGUUUUACGUUGAACUAAUUUUUUUCGUGCCGGGUCGGGUCGGGUUAAGUCUGCAAAAAGCCGAGUGAUCAUUCGGUAGCGAAAGGCGUUCUUUCUUUCUUGUUUUCUCCUCAUUCUCCUCAAUAACUAUGCCAUUUAAACACAUCGGUGCGCUCUAGUUGAGGGUCCAACGAACUCGUCCGUUUCGUUGUCUACCCAAACACUGAUCCACGUCGUCAUUCUUCAUGUUUCUCGGACACAAAAACGACGGCGCCGGAGGGCCGAUAAUCCCGUUUUGACACACGAGAAGUCUCGUCUUGUGGGUGACACCCGAGACACAGAAAGUUGGAAUUAAAGUGGAAGAGGGCAACUCGACGCCUCGUUUCCGCACCUUUCCUUUGUUUAAUUAAAGUACGCUUCUUUCGCACUUGUGCAAAAUGUUGUUGCAACUUUUCAACAAAUCAGCCGUUUUUCACGUAUCACUGCCGCUUCUUUUUCUCGUUUUUCUUUCGACAAGGGUUAGAGCAGCUGUUCAACUUAUCCCAAAAUUAUGAAUUUAGAAGCUAGACACUCUAGUAGACAGUACUCGAAUAGUCUUUUCAUAGUUUCACCCUAUUGAAAUGUGUCCAGUUCUUGCAGGUCGUCGGUGCGGAUGCUGCUCGAUGAAGUUAACAUGACAGACCGCAAGACGGUGAGUGUUUUCUGCGGGUGGGCGGGGCUCCGAGGACAUUUCUCUUGUCAAUCGGCGAGAUUGCCGAUUGAUUGCUGUGACAAUCAGUUGUGUAACAUCACAAAAACACCAAUCAACAUCUGACGACAAGUGUGCUUGUGUGUGUGUCCGUGCUCCAUUUCCCCACUAACUCUACUUCCAACGACAUGGUGAAUCUGCAGCGGAAGGAGGUAAGACGGUGAUAAAUCAGAGGUCUACAGCCAUCAUCAUCCAAUGGAAUGGCCUCCGUUCCACUCCCUUCUUCUUCUUCUUCUUCUUCUCUUGCCCGCCCGUGACUUCCAGAGCGCUUUCGAGAGCGGAGAGCUUCUUCCUUUUUCGACUUUUGAAAAAUGAUCCGUCCAUCGCAUGGCUGAUACAUCCUUCAUUCGUCCUUCUCCUGACGCCUUCUCCUCCUUAACCAUUAUACGGGGCUCCGUUUUAUGGCAGUUGCGGCUGCAAAACGACCUUUCGUUUCCUCGUUUUGAAUGGAAAGAACAUCAUCUAAUCGGCGAAGAAUAAGAAGAAGAGGAGGCGGGCAGGGUCUCCUUCUUGUAAAGCCCGUGUGCUCCUCGACACUUGUGACGAAACCACAAAACGCCGAAAUAGUGGAAAGAAUCUUUAUUUAGCCGCUCUUUGGAAAAUUGCCGUCUGAAUGUGGCCUUCCGGUGCCACACACUCUGGAACUUUUUUAUGCGUUUUCUCUUUCGAAUCUUUUUUUGGGAAAUUGAAUUUUUGGAAUCGUCGAGUUUCACUCUAUUGUCUUCGACUCAUCCAAAAUAUUUUGAAAUCAGUCACGCCUCAUCGCCAGAAUCUAUAGAAACGUUCAAUGCUCAAUAGAGCGAAGUUGGCAAAUGGAGCGUCCUCAAAGACUUCAUAAAAGUUUUAAAAUUCGUUUGAAACUUUCAACACUUUCAUUCAUUCUUCGUGCAAAACCAAACACCAUUGGAUUUCCAUAUAAAUAAAAAGAAGUGUCUUCUUGAAACACUUCCAUUCUCUCCGUACUUCGUCUUUCACUUUUUCCUCUCUUUCUUGUUUCACUUCCAAUUAUUCAGCAUGGAUCCAGCGCUUCUCGCCUUUUUCAAGCCUGUCGAAAUGGCGAGUUCCCAACGGAGAGAGGUGAGUCCUUUUGCCACGUCAUCAAUCAUUCUCGAACACCUUCGUCUUCUUCUUCUUCAUCUUCUUCUGCUUCCUCCCUUCCAUCUUCUGCAGCAGCAGCUUCUCCUCCUCAUUUUCCUAUUCUUCCCAUUUAUUUUCGUCAGUCACCGUCAGGCUACCCCAAAACUCUUCCCAUGGACUUAUCCGCAAUUUUCCAGGGUCUGCAUGGUCGCCCCGAUUACUGGCCCCUCCAAUCCAAUUGUCUAACCUAUCUUUUCUUGCCCCAAUCCUGCUUCAACCUCUUUCUUCUUCUUCUUCUUCUUUUUCUUCUUCCUCCCUUUCCAUCCACACCUUCCUUUAAUCGCUGUCUCUGCCAAUCAUUUCCCAUGUCUUUUCACCCAAAAUGUUUCGUCCGUUUUCUUUGUGCUUUGUCUCAAUAUGCUUCUCGAGUAUUCAGAUUCUCUUCUUUUCUCUUUUUUUCUCCAUUUUCCUCCCUUCCAGUAUAGUUUCAUACUCUUCUGUUUCACAGUUCUUAAACCUUAUAUUAUGCCGAAAUAGUUCUCUUCUUUAGUAUUCUACAACUACUUCAUUGGAGCCAGAAACUCUAAUUGGCCAACCCUUCGGGACCAACUAAACUUCAUUCUUUUCGUUCAGAUCACUUACUCUCCCCAAUAUCUAGACUAUACUGCAUAUUGCAUGCUCAAUUUCACCUAGCAGAAUCAAAAAAGGGAAGACAUCAUAGAAGCCUCAUAAAAAAUAUUACUGUAGAUUUAUGAGGUCUCACUCCCUGGUCGCCAGGUAACGGAGUCGUCCCGCCCGUCAGAGUGGCACCAAAAACAUGCCUUUUUCAGGGCAGCUCUCUGUUUACAAUCCCUGGCUCCUUAAUAUGUUAUUUCCUUCUCUUGUUGUGUAAUUCGCCCGCCCGUACCAACGCUUGUUUCAGUUCUUUACUCUUUCCCUCAAUGGCCGCAGACAUUCACCCGAAGAAGGUGCUGCUCAAGUCGAAGGUAAGGCGUUCGUUCCGUGAUUCAUGCUCCGCGAGCAGGUGAUAAUCUUCUCCUGAUUGAUUGUUUUCGUUUCUACCAUUCCAUUCCAUCAAAGUUCUGCCACGUCAUCUGAUACGUCCCAUGUUCUUUUGUCAGCGCGACGCCUGAAACAUGAUCCGACUCGAUUCACCACUGCACUUUCUUUCUUGAUCUGUAACCGAAGCUCGCCUCCUUCUCCUCCUCCCUUCGCUCAGAAUCAGAAGCAGAAACAGAAGAAGAAGAAGCGCCGUCCGUCCGUCGAUCCCAUUAGACGAGCCCAUCAUUUCCGAAUACAUGUCAUAAGAGGCUUUCCGGGCGCCGCACCCAGCCGAUUCAGCCAAUUCGGCGGUGUUAAUGGGACACGAGCCCCACCAUACAUUCCGGUGAAAACGCUCUGCUUCCUCCAUUCACCAACACUGUCCCCUUGCCCCUUCUUCUUCCUCUUCUUCAUCUUUUUUCUGCUGUUCAGCUGCUCGUUUUUGUCGCCUCGAGCACCGCCACUACCACAUUUCUAGCCGCUCCGGGCUCGUCCAUUUUGGGAGCAACAACGGGAAUUAGUAUUUUUGCUCUUUGCGAGCCGCCCGGCACACAAGAGACUCCUCGGACAGACGACGGACGCUAUCAUUUGUGGAGGAAAGGCCGCCCGAAACGGAAAGAAACAUGCGCGCUUCGAUCUAUCGGAGGGCCCGCGAGAAUUCGAAUGAGACGUCGUUGGUAAGUCAUUCCUUCUGCUUCAUUUCCUCUUUACGUUUUCCUGAAUUUUCUGCUUUCCCAGUUGUGUUCUAUGAGCAAUUUGGAGCAAUGAGAAUUCUCUCUUCCGUUUCUAUCCUUUUCCGAACUGCUGUGAACCCUCUCUGAAGAUGAAACCUGAUUCUCAGUGUUCUCUCUUUCCUUCUUUCCUCUAUUCUAUUUCUUAUCCUUCAACCUGCCACGUCAUAACAUUGUGCUUCUCCUGCUCAUUCUAGUUUGGUUUCCCUCCUAAAAUGACCCAUUAGUCGGUUGACCGUGCCCCGUCUAUGUUUCCAUCUGGCCGCUUCUUUGCCAGGGCCCAUCAUCCGUCCUAAGAGCUCUCUUUCCCGUACUAUUUCUCUCAAUUCCACUGAAAUUCGAUCCCUCAACUGGGGAAGACCACCUCUUCCCCGCCGCCGUCUUGCCCGUCGCUUCUUCCAGUUCUCCCGCGUCUUCACAAACUUUUGUUUCCCCGCCCGUAAGCGAUAUCAUUUAUAAAUACCUUUCGGCCCCGUCUCAUUUGUGCUCCCGCGGCCGUCGUUUCUUCCAAGUGUAAUGCUGUCAAAAUACCUGUGCCGUCUCACACUUCACACUCUUCUUCCACGCGAGAAGAAGACUCGGCGAGCGAUCACACGAACUCAUCAUGCUCGGACCCUUUCGCAUUUGCAUUCGCGUCCCUCGUUUGGCCUUCUUUCGCCAUUUUGUCGUCGUUUCGGAUGAUUUAUAGAUUUAUUACCUUCCAUUACUCAUGAUAUACUUGCAGUUAUCUCUCUUUCUCUGUCUGUUCUUCUCUUGAACGGAAUCCAAAGUUCCGAGGGAACGAGAAUGAAAGCAAGAACAAGAGCAGUUAUAUUUUGUUUUUAUGACCGUUUGGAUGAGGCGUUGAAAGCGAGACGGCAUGUUCUUAGUUUGCAACUCGACUCGUGCCCCUUGAACGCAUCCGUUCUUCCACUGAUCCACUCGACCUCUCAUCCCGAGCCCAUCAUUGCUCCAUCCAUCUAUUUCGCGAUGCUUUUUGCGCCCGCAGCGCCUCUUAAACAAAUCGAAUCACAAUGGGUUGUUCGUGCCGCUGCUCCGGAGAGCUUGCUCCCUCACGUACUCUUCUUUCCAUAUCUCGAAUCGGAAUCGGUUCCUUCCUCUCUGUCGAUAACCCGUUUUUUUGCAGCCGAUCGGUGCCUUCUCCCGCCUCUAAUUGUGUUUUCAUAGGCAUGCUCGACGACUGACUCUCCUCAAUAUUUUCCAGCAAGUCUCUUCUCCCUACUCCGCCCCUCUCUCUUUCUUCACGCCUUCGUCGCCGGCUCACAGCGACCUAAUCAAAAACUUAUAGCAGAACAAAGACAAAACGAAUAAACGACUUGAGAAAAGUUUAGCUCAUUUUGUGCCGCAUCUUCGUCGUCGUCUUCUUCUUCUUCUUCUGCUUCUCCUUCUUCUUUCUUCUCCUUCUUCUUGCUCCCUUUCUUGCUUCUUUCGUGCUCCUCCUUUUGAGCUCAUCAACUAAAUAACAGGAGGGGGAAGCGUCGAAGAACUUCUUGUUCUUCUUCUUCUUCGCGUCGCCUUCUCUACUUUGUCCUUGAUGGAAAUGAAACCACGAAGAGGCGCGUCCGCACACCGACGCUGUUUUUGCGCCAAUUCAUUCAAACUAAACCCCUGUCGGAUUACUUUAUGCAACAUCAUUACUCGACGUCGCCGUGAGCCGUCACAACGGCAAGCGGUCCCUCUCCUUCUCCCUCUCUCUCUCUCUCUGUUUCCUUCUUUUUUCCCUUUUCAAGUUCACCAAACAAAUCUGUCAUUCUUGUCUUGACCAGUGUCCGGAAAGUCUUGCAGUAAGGGGACUGACUAUGAGAGAUGAGAUAGGAAGUGAAUUUCCUCCUGAAGAGAUGACCGAGAACCUUCUGACCUUCUGACUUUGACGUAUCCUUCUGGAUAAAAUUAGUGAGCACUAUACUGCUCGACGACACACAAAAACGGCUGCAAAUGCGCGAAAACGUUCUGCUUCGCCUUCUUCUUCUUCUCUCCGAAGUGUUCACCUCGGCGCUUUUUCCAACGGACGCUGCUCGUUCCCUUCGAACACCACUUCCCUUUUUUCCCAUUCCCAAUCCGUGGGAUAAUCUGCGAACGGAUACAGAAUGGGCGACUGAGCCCGCUGGCUCCGUCGACUCGAGCCCAUCCAUCUCAAAAUGUAUGCUUAUUGGCGACUUCCUGAAUAUCAAAAGUGCUCUCCCUGUCUCUUCUCUUUUUGGCUCCAUUCUCCCUGCCGGUCCCUUCAUGUUUUCAAAGAGGUGGCCUUCAGUUGAGAGUCUUUUCUGUGUCAUUUGCAGAUAGUUGCUCACCGCCUCCGUGCUCUAGUUCUCUCGCCCGUUUCCGGGUCAAACGACGAAAAAUGUUGCUUUCUGGUGGAUUUCCGUUUCGAAGAAAAACGUUUGAAACGAGAAAAGUCAAGGACCACAUUCUAAAUCUAGCAGAAUCAGUCAAAGUCCCCAAGCCCCGCUCGUUCCCAUCCGAUUCAUUAUCUUAACUAUUGUGUUUUCAGUCCUGGAUGGACACAGAACAUCGGGUGAUUCUGAACGUGGGCGGCAUCCGACACGAAACCUACAGCCACGUACUCAAGAAGAUCCCGGCCACCCGAUUGUCCCGGCUCACGCCGAACCUGGCCAACUACGAUCCCGUUCUCAACGAAUACUUCUUCGAUCGGCAUCCGGGAGUGUUCUCCAUGAUCCUCAACUACUACAGAACUGGUGAGCCGAGCUAAUCUCAUUCAAUUUCAUUCCUCAUUCUGUUCCAGGUAAACUUCAUUAUCCCACUAACGUUUGCGGGCCGUUAUUCGAGGAAGAACUCGAGUUUUGGGGACUAGACGCCAACCAAGUAGGUUUUUAGAGGGGGACGAAAAGACGGAGCGGAAGUUAUGGCAGAAAUUUGAUUAGGCGCGAGUCAAGACAAUCUUCGAAAUAGACGAAAACAAAAAAGGGAUAGGGGUAAAAGUGAAUAGGCGAGAGGAAAUGAUGCAUUCCGGAAAAGGAACUGCCGAGGAACACGAGCUGAAUCGUUUUCAGGUGGAGCCAUGCUGUUGGAUGACGUAUACACAACACAGAGAUACGCAGGACACUCUGGCGGUCAUAGAGUCGCUCGAUCUGGACGGAGACCCUCCCACGCAGGAAGAAGUACAUACUUCAGUGUCUCCCACGUCGGUUCUGAUCCUUGCUGGUUUCAGAUUGCAAAGAAGUUCGGAUGGGAAGAUGACUACUACACGGGCAACAUGUCACAGUGGCAGAGGCUAAAACCCAGAGUCUGGGCCCUUUUCGACGAACCUUGGAGUUCCAAAUACGCCAGGGUACGUCCGUUUCCUCUCCGACUCCUCCCGUUUCCUCACCUCUGUGUCGGUUCUUUCGAAAAUAGAUAGAUAUCACCCGAUGUUGCACGAAUCGGACGGACUGUGCAUGCGUCGUUCCGACUGCUCCUAACCAGUUUCGUUCGUUUUCCGGCUUGCAUUUCUCUUCUGUUUCCCCCUUCUCAUCCUCUCUUUUCGUACUUUCGGUUCCUCGUCGAGCCGCCGGUUUGCACUUUUCCAUCUAUUCAGGUCAUUUCAUUCAUCUCCGUAGCUUUCAUUCUCGCCUCGACGUGUUCAUUCAUCCUCAAAACGGAUCCGUCGUUUCAGAUUCCAGACAUUGACGGUUAGUUUACCUCGGGGAAAUAAUAGAAUAGCAUUGAACUUUUCAGUGUUCUACUCUUUACGAGUGGUUGAUGAGGGCGGUUUCAAGAACUAUCACAAGACGAUAGGCACGGACAAACCGCUGACGUCUCCGCAUCCGUACUUCUUCUACGUGGAUCUCAUCUGCAACAUCUGGUUUACUAUCGAACUUGUAAGUUCUUGUCUGAUAUUACAAGUUUCUCAAAAAGCCAUUUUCAGUUGAUUCGCAGUCUUUUCUGCCCCUCAUUCCACAAAUUCGUCCGGUCUCCUCUGACCAUCAUCGACGUCAUCUCGACCGGAGCAUUCUUCUUCGAGUCGCUUCUUCAUGCGAUCCUCAUUCAAACUGGUAACUUGUCCCUCGUGGACAUUCAACUGAAAAAUAUUGUCUAGUUUCAGGCUCAAUGGUCACGCUCGAUUUCCUCUCGAUGAUCUGUGUGCUCAGGUUAUUCAAGCUGACGCAGCACUUUUCUGGACUCAAGAUUCUCAUUCAGACCUUCAAGGUUAGUAUUCGCAUAUUAUCCAACCGUGAGCUCACCCAGUAUAUUUUGAGGCUUCUGCUCAAGAGCUCUUUCUUCUCGUCUUCUUUGUCAUUCUCGCCAUCGUCAUCUUCGCUGCGCUCGUUUAUUACGCGGAAAGGAGUCAACUGAACAAGGAGAACCAAUUUACGAGCAUUCCCCUCGGCCUGUGGUGGUACGUAUUUCCACCUCCUCAACAGAUUCAUUCGCAUCUCCCUGCAGGAGUCUCGUCACCAUCUCCACCGUUGGUUUCGGGGACAUGGUCCCAAAGACGUAUCUCGGAAUGCUCGUUGGUUCGCUGUGUGCUCUUAUGGGCGUGCUCACAAUUGCACUUCCUGUGCCCGUCAUCGUUUCCAACUUCUCCAACCUCUAUUCUCACUCACAAGCGAGAGCGAAACUUCCGAAGAAGAGAAGAAGAGUGCUGCAGGUGACCUUGAGAUUCUCUUACUUUUCUAGACGACAACCUCAAUCAAUUUGAAGGCACACGAGGUGAAGCCGGCCCUUUUGGGGGUAAAGCAGCACCACGGGAAGCAUCGGAAGAAGAGCUCGUCGGCGACGUUUAACCAGCCGCCGAGCACGUUUAAAAAUGCGAACGGUGGCCCUUCGCUGCACGACAACUCCGCCUCGAAACUGAUGGCCUAG